UCAACUUGACUAUUUCUUAAGUACCUAGGUAGCCCUGCGACGAAUGUUAUAACCCAGGCUAGUAACGCCUACCGUGCGCUGUACUAAGCAGGAAUCUUCAUCUUCGCCCGAACCCGCAUAUAGCUACACCUAUACCUACGAAAUUUCCACACCCCGUGAUGCUUUGAUCUCCCAAUCUACCUCACCCUCCCUUCUUUCGCCGCAUUUCUUUCAUUGUUAUCCCUUCGGUCCUUUACCACUUCACCGGGUCCAUUGCGCUCAGCCUCCUAUAUACUAUCUUAGUCCGAUUGACUGCACUGGCUGUUCAUCGUGCUAAAUCCGAGUUGAUGAGCGAGGGAUACUUAGUACGCUAGUAUCUGCUUCGGACAUUAUUACGUCUUCCGCGUGUUUUUAUUUAGCCAGCCUCCCAACGCUCAAAAAACUUAGCUCCCGUCAAAAUAGUUUUAAUUCCGACGACCGCUCGCGCGACUUCGAGGCAUCAUGAGUGACGUUGAGAAGCAUUCUGCUUCGCAUGAUUCUCAGGAUGAGAACAAUGUCGAAGGUAUCUCAGAUUUACCACCUGAUCCCGACGCUCAUCUAAGCCAGGAGGAGAAAGACAAGAUUGAUCGCAAGUUAAUUUGGAAACUCGAUUGGAUACUCAUACCUUGGCUCUGUAUCCUCUACCUUCUAGCCUUCUUAGAUCGUACCAACAUCGGCAAUGCGAAAGUCGCGCGUUUUCCGGAAGACCUGCACUUGCAGCUACCAGGACAGUACAAUAUGACGUUGACCAUUUUCUUCAUAUCGUACUCUGUCUUCGAGCCAGUGACCAAUGUCCUGCUCAAGAGGCUCCGGCCGUCCGUGUUCAUCCCAAUUAUCAUGAUACUUUGGGGUGCUUCCAUGACGGGCAUGGGAUUCGUCUAUAACUACUCCGGCGUCCUAGCCGCGCGUUGGUUUCUUGGUCUUGCGGAAGCCGGCCUAUUUCCCGGUAUCAACUACUAUCUUUCGUGUUGGUAUAAGCGUUCGGAGUUUGGUGUUCGUGCUGCGAUCUUCUUCUCCGCAGCCGCGGUCUCCGGCUCAUUUGGUGGACUCCUCGCCGCCGCAAUAGAACUGAUGGACGGCAUAGGAAACCGACCUGGUUGGGCAUGGAUUUUCAUACUAGAAGGCCUGCUAACUAUAGUGUUCGGUUUUGCGUCUUUCUGGAUGGUACACGACUUCCCCGACCAAGCCAAGUUCCUUUCAGACGCCGAUCGCGUUCGCGUAGUCCGUCGGUUGAAACUCGACCAACAGUCUUCAGCUGAGCACGAGGAAUGGAAGAUGAGUUAUCUCAUCGCCGGUCUUAAGGACUGGAAGAUGUGGCUAGGCAUGGUUAUCUACAUGGGUUGCGACAUGCCGCUUUACGCCUUUUCGCUCUUCUUACCCAGCAUUAUCCAGGAGCUAGGCUGGGGCAGUAGUACAGUCCGAGCUCAGCUUCUAAGCGUGCCUCCUUACGCCGCGGCAGCCGUCCUUACGAUCGCUAUUGGCUUUAUCGCCGAUAGAACCCGUCAGCGUGGUCUAUGCAACAUCGUUGUUAGUCUUAUCGGUGUUGCUGGGUUUUUGAUGCUUCUAGCUUCUACCGAUGCUAGGGUUAAGUACGCUGGUACCUUCCUCGGAGCAUUGGGCAUCUACCCUUGUAUCUCGAACACUAUCAGUUGGAUGGCAAACAAUAUCGAGGGUGUAUACAAGAGGGGUGUCGUCCUCGGUUUUGUCAUCGGCUGGGGUAAUUUGAACGGAAUUGUCAGCUCCAACAUCUACUUCAGCCCACCGAGAUAUCUCGAAGGCCACGGGGUUAUGGUAGCAUACAUGGCGUUGUUCUUGUUUGGCGGCAGCUUGUUAAUGACCACGUUGCUUCGCAUCGAGAAUAAGAAGAGGCGCCAAGGAGGACGAGAUUACCGUAUCGAGGGCAAGAGCGCUAAGGAGAUUGAAGCUUUAGGUGAUGACAAACCUGACUUUUUGUACACCGUUUGAUUAAGAGGGAUGAUAGGGGGAGUCUAUUGGAUCGCAUGGGUGCAGGAUAUAUAAGCAUAUUGGAUAUCUUUAACCUCUUGGCUAUGGAUAUGUCUCUUACAUAGCGCCGGAAAAGAAACUCGCGUUUUUCCUAAGUCUGGCAUAUUGGGGCCGGCACUCUAUUAAGAGACUCGGCUUACUGCUCUAGACUCACCAUUAUGUGUCUUCAGCGCCAAGGAUUUAUUCGACUAUU